UCGAUAGUGCCAUCGACUGUUCUCCAUCUCUAAUCUAAGCGCACAUGCACCGCAUAUAAUAAACAUGCACCGUAGAAAAACAGCUAAAUCUAUAAACAAACCACCGCCAAUACAACCCGUUGCGAAAAAGGCAGUAUUUGAUGGGGACAAUGAUAUUCAGUUCGAGGUAGAGUUAUGCUGGUGUGUGCAACAGCUGCAAACGGCGUUGAGCAGUGGCAAGCUAAGUCAAAAAAUUGCGGAAGACACGUCUAAGAAUUUGAAAACGCUAACAAGCCAAACAGCACCCCUUAUUAAGAAACGACAAGUGAUGAAGUUAGCAUUGGGGGAUUACCGCUCAAAGAUGCAACAGGAGGAAAAAAAAAUGCUGCUUGCUUCAAAAGAAAUCAAAUUUACACCGACAUCAGCAACACCAACAUCUAGUUUUGUCAAGAAAUCGGCACUUCUUACCAGUGGGAAGGAUUUUCGCUUUAACUUUUCGGAGCCUAAAAUUGGAGACAACACUGAUUCUCCUAUAGCCCUCAAGGACCAGUCAAAAGUAGAUGCAACGUCGUUAAACAGCAAUCUUCUAGGCAACAAUGGCAAUACAUUCAAAUUCAACUUUGUCAUAAACGAUGCGCCAGAGGAUAUAAAUCUAGGCAGCUUAGUGAUAAAUUAGUUACGUAAUACUACAUUUAUUUAGAAAUAAAUGCUAAUCUUGU